UACAAAUCUAUUACAUUUAUUGAGAUAGGCAAUAUGGAAGAUCCUGUAGUGCAAGCUGCUGAGGAGAUACUUGAGAAAGUAGAAGAUGUGCUACCUGAGGCAGUGAAGAACAUAACUGGCCGAGCAGUCGCAACUACAGAAGGCCUGGCCCUGGCCUAUGUCAGCCUUUUCCUUAUGGCUGUCAUCCCCAUUUUCUGGGGCUCUUACAGGUCCAUCACCUACCAUAAGAAAUCAAAGGAAAAUGGGGAAGCUAUAGAGACCAUGACCACAAAGGAUGUAUACAUGUUCCCAAUAAUGGCUAGCAGCAUGUUGUUCGGUCUUUAUCUCAUUGUCAAGUAUCUGUCAGCUGAUCACCUGAACCUAGUAGUAGCUUCUUACUUCUUCCUUGUUGGUUCCCUUGCUCAAACUGCUAUAUUACGGCCGGUAGUAGGAAUGAUCCCCGGAAGUUCAUUACUCCUAGAAAACGAGCUUUAUCAUCUCAAGUUUAACAAAGGAGCAAACGUGUAUCUGGAGUGCAAGUUUGACAUGCUUCAUGUUGUGUCCAUGGCCCUCUCUGCUGCUUUCGGUGUCUGGUACCUCAUGAAGAAGCACUGGCUUGCAAACAACAUCUUUGGACUUGCAUUCUCCGUCAACGGAAUUGAAAUGAUUUCUCUCGGAAGCGUGAAGAAUGGUUGUAUCUUACUCUCCCUCCUUUUCUUCUACGAUAUCUUCUGGGUUUUCGGGACUGAGGUUAUGGUUGAGGUUGCCAAAAACCUGGACGCUCCUAUUAAAGUCGUGUUCCCAAUGGACUUCAUCGAGAAAGGGAUAUUCGGUGGAAACUUCGCAAUGUUGGGUCUGGGUGAUAUUGUUCUACCUGGAGUGUUCAUAGCCCUUCUUCUGAGAUACGACGUCAGUAAGGGUGAAAACUCCAACCUGUACUUCUACGCGGGGUUUGCAGCCUACAUCCUGGGGCUCGCGAUUACCAUUGGUAUCUUGACGAUCUUCAACGCAGCUCAACCUGCCCUGCUCUAUCUCGUGCCUACCUGUGUUGGAAUCCCCCUCCUUAUCAGCCUUAUUAAAGGUGAGUUUAACUCCUUGAUAGCGUACAAUGAAGAGACGAAAGAAGAAGAAAAAGCGGACGAGAAGAAAGAAGAAUAGUAUAUCAAGUCCCGAGGACUGUAAAAACGGGCUUCAUAAAUCAUACCUUGAUUUCAGAAAAUUUCAGUCCUCCUUCACUACCAAUAAUUUGCAAUUAAUUAAUCGUUUCUAGCCCUGAGUAUGAUUUGUAUAAACGGAUAAUAAGGGGACAUUUUUGACAUCAAAAUGGGAACCGCUUUUCGCUAAAUCAGAAAAUCGAAUUUUUAACGGGAAUUUAUUCAGAAAUAAUGACCUAUAAAAAUACCUGUGUAAGUGACAUCUUUGAUUUCAAUCACCUCCCCUUAUAUUCUUAAUCAAAGUUAUUACUAUAUUAUAUGCAAAUUUAGUAAAAUAAAUAUUCAUGUGGACAAAUUUGCUUUUUUUUUCCGAUUUCGCAGCUAAAUUUAGUUAUUUGUCAAUUUUAUGGGUCACUUUCUCUUAUAUUUUAAAGAUAAUGAUAUUUAGGGCCUGGUAUUUUAACGGCGGCACUUAGCUGACUGUUUUAUAGUAGUUGUAACGAAGUGUGCUUAUUAUAUAACGUGUUGGUUUAUGACGGACAGCAGCGGUGUUUCUUGUAGGAUAUUUUACUAUACAAAAUGUGAAGAAAAGGCAUGUUAAUAGUCACAAUCGUUAUGUCAGGGAUUUGCUGACCAGUUAAGUCUAACAGACUAAAAAUGUAAUCAUUAGUGGGUAGUCUGCAAGGCUCCUUCCACCUUUUAAUAGCUUUUAGAAAGCGGUGCUCCAAAAUUCGCGCUAUUUUAAUGACGUUGCUACGAGACAAACUCUAUUAUUGAGGGUUUUUAUACGAGCCCCCUGGUGGUCGUAUCUUCUUGCCGAUAGGAUCAGUAAUUCCAGGCCCUGGCACUACAGUGCUGCCAUUAAAUUAAUUCUUUAAUCAUAUUAAUCUGCAUUCCUGAUCAGCUAUUCCUGAUCAGCUACUCCUGGCAUUUAGUGAUUUACAGUUCAGGUAUUCAUGCUGGGUAGUGAUCCCUAUCCUUGACUCUCAGUUCAGAGUUUCUUCUUCGUGUAGUAUUUCGGUGUAGUAAUUUUGUUAUAUUAAUAACUGAAUGGUAGCCAAGUGCCGACUAGUUGAGAAUGUUAUACAGAGUUAAGGCUUUUCGGCUCAAGAGAAGGAUCCGUUGCCAUGGGAACAGUAGCUGUGACGUCACCAAAACAAUGCUUAUUAUGUGCCCUGCAAACAGUCUACUAUAGUACUAAGGGUCUACAAUCACGAGAGUUUGACAUUUGGAAAAAUUGAAUUGAAUCGAGUUGCAGUAAUCUAGUUUUUAAAAAGUUUAAUCCUUUUACCCACAAUUCGAUUUUGAUCACGAUAUAUUUUAACCGAAUGUUAACAACUGUAUAGCCCUGGUGGUUUUAAGUUAUUUUUAGCACAUAAUUUCACUGGGACAUGUCUAAAUUGCAGUCUGUGUUAAGUUUAAUAACUUAUUUCUCAACUUUUGUUAUUAUUGUUCAGCAAAA